UCAUUUCUUAUAAGAGUUAAGAAACGGGAUGUAGACUUUUAUUCCAGCUGAACGAGUCAUAGUAAUUACAGGGUCGUACUUUUGUCUCGUCUGUUUCAACAGACUCCAGGUUUUUAAAGGGAUUACCAUGGCACAUCCUUUACAUUUUGUAUCAAUUGAAGCCAUUAAAGAAGCACUACAAAACAAUGAUCCCAGCUUAGCUGUUGAAAAGAUCAAGGAGCUUUUGGAGAGGGAGAAAAAUAUUCCACUAAAUAUUGGCAUCACAGGAGAGUCUGGUUCUGGUAAAUCCACCUUUGUUAAUGCCUUCAGAGGCAUAGACAACAUGGAUGAGGGAGCUGCCCCUACUGAUUGUGAUGAAACCACCAUGGAGGUUACACCAUACCCCCAUCCAAACUAUCCCAAUGUUACACUAUGGGAUCUUCCUGGUAUUGGCACCCCCGAUUUUCCAGCUGACAAGUACCUGGAGCUUGUUGAAUUUAAAAGGUUUGACUUCUUCAUCAUCAUCUCAGACACACGCUUCAGAGAAAAUGAUGUGAAGCUCGCUCAGGAGAUUCAGAAGUUGGAGAAAACGUUCUACUUUGUUCGCUCAAAGAUAGACAUUGACUUACAAAAUCAGGAAAGAAGCCAGAGGGAGUUCAACGCAGAAAGGACUCUUUCAAAUAUCAGGGCAAACUGCAUUCAAGGUCUUCAGAAAGCAGGUGUGGUCUCCCCCCAAGUGUUCCUGGUGGCCAGCUUUGAUCUCCAGCUGUAUGACUUCGCUCUCUUAGGGGAAAUCUUAGAGAGAGAACUUCCUGAACACAAGAAGAAUGCUCUGCUGCUGGCCAUGCCCAAUAUCAGCCUGGAGGUCAUCAACAAGAAGAAGAAAUCUUUCCAUAACAACAUCAAAUACUGGGCUACAGCGAGUGCAGCUGUAGGAGCUGUACCAGUUCCUGGGCUUUCUAUUACUGUUGAUGUGGUCAUGUUGGUUGGUGUUGUCACACAAUACGUACUGGGGUUUGGUCUUGAUAGCCCGUCACUGAAGAGACUCUCUAAUAGGACAAAUGUGCCAUACAAUGAUCUGAUUGACAUCAUUAUUUCACCACUGGCUGCAACAAAAAUAACCCCUGAUCUUCUCUUGAAGGUGAUUGGUCAAGUUGCUGGCUCAGUAGCAUUAAUAGCAGUAGAGGAAGGGUCCAGAUUCAUUCCAAUACUUGGAAUCCCAUUAGCAAUGGGCCUCUCUUUUAUCUCCACCUACAACAUUCUCAAAACCAUCCUCAACAUGCUUGCUGAGGAUGCUCAGAGUGUGUUUAAAAGGGCCCUGGGGUUGAACACCUCAGUGUGAUAUUGUAAAGUGAAUGGCAACGGCAUUUAAUGGCACAUUUAAAACAGCAGUGUACUUAAGAGCUUUUGAGUGAUCUUUGUGAGUAGAUUGCAUUGUAUUUCUUUAUACUCUAAUCAAAUAAUAAUAUUGUUUUCUAACUGCACAUUUAGCAAACAUAAAUCAUACGUUUUGCAGUUGAUCAUUCUCCAAUAUGUAUCAUUUACACUAAAAAAUGCAGACAUUAAUGAAUAGCUUAAAAGCCCAUUAA